AUGCAAGGCAAAGGAGGCCCUGAUAACUCCGGCUGCAUCUUCCGGGGUGUGAGGCAGCGGACGUGGGGCAAAUGGGUCGCCGAGAUUCGAGAACCCAACCGCGGGAAUCGCCUUUGGCUGGGCACAUUCGCCACCUCCACAGAAGCCGCCCUCGCAUAUGAUCAAGCCGCCAGGGUCAUGUACGGCCCCUCCGCCCGCCUCAAUAUCCCCCAGUGCAACAGUCUCUCGGAGGACUCCUCCUUAACCACGGAGACAUUGGCGUCCACAGCAAACCCACCUGAUGCAGCUCUCUCCACUGUUGGGAACCCCGAAGCGAGAAGCCCGAAAGCAGAGCCUGUGGAUAGUGUGGAAUUCGACAGCCGAGGACCAAACUCUGAUCCCAAAGGAAGGCUCCUGAAGGCAGCCCAAGUUCCUGCAACCACAGUGAAGAGAGAAGAUGCGGCUAGUGGGCAGCGCCAUGGAUGGCCCCUGGGAAACAUCGGUGAUAUGUUCGAAGUAGAAGAAGUAGUGAGUCUGAUGGACGCGAACCCAUCAAAUGGAGGCCAUGCGGGCUUUGGAGACGACCAGAUUGCGUGCGCCGGCCCUUCUGAACUCCUAUUCCAGCUGCAGAAUCCUGACGCCAAGCUGCUUGGAAGCUUGGCGCAGUGCCCACCUGAAGAAGAUUACUACUUCACGAUACCCGAGUGGCAGCCUUCCUUGAACGACGGGUUUGACGGAUUUGCUGAUUUCAGUCUCCAGUGA